AUGUAAUCUAUUCUGUGCUUGGACCUCGACCACCGCGGCUCACCAAUCAUGUAUCGAAUCCUGCCUUAUCCAUAAAAAUAUAAGCAUGAUUUCUAUUUACUUUUUUUGCUUUUUAUCAACCAUGAACGGCAUGAACGGUACGAACUUGCGAGCUGACUGAAGUUUGAAGUGCAGACUGGCGACUGCUAUCUUCUAAUUCUUAAGUGCAAACUUAUCUGCAGCGGCUUCCGCCUGCCGCUGCUGGUCGAGUACAGUUCAUUUUUUCUUUGAACGAGGAUAAAAACAAUUUAAUUAUGAGUUAUGACAUCAAACUACGUUAAUUUGCGUGUGCGAUAGUUUGUGACAGAAAGCUCUACAAAAUAUUCAUUCGAUGGUUCGUCAUGCUGCUCAGAAUUUAUGUUAAUUAAAAGCAAAAUAACUCGACUCUCUUGUGUAUCCCCAUGUACAAUAAACACCUACGUAAUCCAUUAUUAUCAAUCAUUUCUGGCUGACCACAGCAACUACAUUUUCUCAUACCGGUUGUACCAAUAUUGUGAUUAAUGCCGUAAAAAAUAUCCAUAUUAAUCAUCGUCCAUUAUAGUGUUAUCUAAAACGUUUGCAUGUUUAUUCAUCUGAAGAAAUAUUUUAAUACAAAAAAAAAUCGUUCAGUUUCAAAAUUCACUAUGUUAUUGUUACGAGUCAUAAACAAACAACUUACAGAGUAAUUUCUAUUGUCAAUUGGUUUUAAUAUAUUAUAAUAAAAUAUUUUGCUGUCAAAAAUGGAAUAUUUACUAGCAAAGUUUCGUAAAAAAGAUCCAAUAAAAGAAGUUACUUUUGAGGACCUACAAGCUGUUCUUUUACGUACCCAACCUCCUCCUAAAAAAAAAUAUAUAUCAACAAGUGAUUAUAAUGAAAUUUGUCCAAAUAUUUAUGUUGGAGAUUGGAACACCGCAAAAAAUAUUAAUUUAUUACUAUCACUGGGUAUCACACAUGUCGUGAAUGCAGCUCAAGGCAUUGGGUUUGGUAUGGUUGAUACAAAUGAACAGUUUUAUCGUCCAUUUAAUAUUCAUUACAUGGGUUUGGCUUUGUGUGAUGAUCCUAAUGUUGCAAUAAAUGAAUAUUUUGAUAGCGUAUCAAAUUUUAUAGAUGAUGCACUAUCACAAAAAGGUAAAGUUUUGGUUCAUUGCAUAAUGGGUAUUUCAAGGUCUGCAACAAUUACAAUUGCUUAUUUAAUGAUAAAAAAAGGAUUAAGAGCUAAGGAAGCAGUAGAAAAAGUAAAAAAAGCAAGAGAUAUACGACCUAAUGAUGGAUUUCUUAAGCAACUAGCUCAACUUGAAAAUGAUAGAGUGCAUAAUAAUAAUAUUUAAUAUUGGUGCUGUAAACAUAUGAUAAAAAGAAAUUAUAUUGAAUUAUAUACAUGUCAGUCUGCAUUAUCRUUUUCUAGAGAUA